GGUCGGUUUAAUUGGUGGAUACUGGGCGGUAUGUGUUUCCCAUAGUAUCGAGCAUGUGGCUGUCAAGUAUUAACAGGAAUUUAUCAGUCCGGCACGGAUACUGAUGGGUGUCCCAUAGCUAGGUCACGUGAUGGACCAGCAGCACAGCAUAAGUUUAUCUUGACCUUUGACCCUGGACCUCCACAAUGGGGGACACUAAUUUAAGUAACCUGACUGCCAGCUUAGAGGAGCUGUCCCUCAAGAAACAGCUCCCCCUGCGGCAGACAACCCAGAAACCAGUUCUAAAGUACAACCAACAAAUAACCCGACCAAACCAGUACUACAACCAGCAGAAAGUGAUAGCCAUAGGGCCCGAUGGAAACAGUGCCUAUAGCAACCUCAACCAAGCAGCCUUGACCUCUCCUAUGGUCCCAACUCCCUUCAGAGUCAGUCGCCACCCCAAUCCUGCUCCUGUCCCCUUCAACAAAACGGGGGGACAGACUUACAUAUCCCCCAACAAUGUAGGUAAACCGCCCAUUUCCCAGGCUGCCAAACCUCAUGCCAAUCCUUACAACCGCCCACUCAGUGCCAAAGACAUUGUGUCUGAUCUGCUGAACCAGAAUCAUCAAAAAAUGGUGAAAACUUUCGGAUCCACCCCCAAUUCGGGAGUUCCUGCCUCAUCUUCUAUUUUGGGAAGUGCCAGUAGUGCUUCAAGUAGUAACAGUGGGGGGUCCACAUUUCCUGUGAAUUCUUUUAUGAGGCCUCAGAGCGCUGUUAGAAAAGAGACUAAGGUGAUCCAAAAAGAUAUUAUUCCUCCAAAGGAGAUAGGUACACUUCAGAGAGAGGCUCAUAUUGUUCAAAGAGAGGUUUUUGUAGCUCAGAAAGAGGCUCAGAAAGAGAGUUCAAGUUCGAGCAAUUCAACAAAGGAUCAAAAUGUUAAAGUGAGUAAUACUGACAGUGUGAAGAAAGCUGUGAAACAAAACACAGAUGAAAAAGACAGUGAACCUGCAAGGCCCAAGUCUGCAGCCUUGAGUCAAAAAACAGUCACACAACAAGGGGACCAAGUCAUCACACGACAAGGCCAGAACGGGGUCACUGUUAUACAGAAAGUGGCUGCCCCACCAAACUUUGGAACUCAGAUCAACACCAUUAUUUCAAAAGUCACAGAGUCUUCAAAAGUAGAACCUUCACAAGCCAGUUCUGUUUCCAAAAGCACCACCCUGAAGCAUUCCUCCUCCACCUCUUCUCUCCCCAGACCAGGAAUGACCGGUAACAACAACAACACCAAAGAAUCCCCCAGUAAAAUACGCAAUCUGAACUACACCCCCACUAAGCCUUAUGAAGAAGUCAAAGAUCCCAAUCCCACCCCCAAAUCCAUCAAGGAAGAGGAGAAGAAAUCAAAGCAGCAACCAGCCACAUUGGAAACUCCAAUCUCCGAAAAGAAGCCACCGAAACAAGAGACAUGGGCACAACAACUGAAGCAGCCCGUGUCGUCUACUGUGCCCAUUCAGGGCCGUGACGGAACGUCGUAUUAUCGUAAAGGGUCAAAGUCAGAGGUCAUGGUGCAUGAGCAGAGACCUCCCGUUUUGGGAGCUCCGGCAAGAAACCAGAAAAUUCUGGACAAAGUUGAUGUGGAGGAUGAUGCAGAAGAAGACGAAGAAGAAGAGGAGGGAUCCACGCCAGGGGAGAGACAGCCAGGAGAUGGGGAGGCGUCAUUGGACGGUGAUGUAGACGAUGACGACGACGAUGAUGGAAUCGAUAACCUGGACGAUGAUUGUAUCGAAGGAUCCGACGGAGAGUCCGAUGGUUACUCCAUUACCAGCAGUCUGUCACGUCGCUCCUCAUCGUCCCGUUCGCGGGCCAAGUCAGCCAGUACCACACGACCCGUCGUAGCAGCGAGACCCAUCAGCACGCCCAGCGACGACGAAAUACGCCCCAGAACAGUCAGACCGGCCACUGCCAUCCCCGCCAAACCCACGAUUCGACCUCCCCUCACUCAGAGUCUGUUUCCUAACAUUCCUCCCACCAUUAGCUUCGAGACUGAGGGAUUCAAAGUGGAACAACUGCCAUGGGAUUUACGCAAACUCUUAAAAUGGAGGAUGAGUCCAAUUACCCCAAACAUUGUAAAACACACGCUGGCUAGGUCACAUUUCAGAAUCACCAAACGAAACCAUGACUGGUUAGGCUGCUGGGGUAAACAUAUGAAAUCUCAGGGAUUUAAGUCUGUCAGGGAAUACCAAAAGCUCAAUCAUUUUCCGGGUUCGUUCCAAAUCGGCCGUAAGGAUCGGCUCUGGAGAAACCUGUCUAAGCUUCAGGUGCAGAACGGUAAGAAGGAGUUUGGAUUCUUUCCCCAGACCUUUAUUUUACCGUCGGACAUGAAGCUGUUAAAGAGAGCCUGGGAAGAUGGGGGGACAAAACAAAAGUGGAUCGUGAAGCCGCCCGCUUCUGCCCGAGGAAUAGGAAUCAAGGUCAUCAACAAAUGGACACAGAUACCAAGGAAGCGGCCUGUCAUUGUCCAGAAAUAUCUAGGUCGUCCAUACCUCAUCAACGACAGCAAGUUUGACAUGCGUAUCUAUGUAUACGUUAGCAGCUAUGACCCUCUCAGGAUUUAUAUAUUUGAGGAUGGACUCGCAAGAUUUGCUUCCAUGAAGUAUUCCACUGCUAUGAAGAAUGUGAAUAAUAAGUUCAUGCACCUGACAAACUACAGUGUCAAUAAAAAGAAUGCAGAAUAUCAGGCCAAUGGGGACGAAGCAUUGUGUCAAGGUCAUAAAUGGGGUUUGAAGGCUUUGUGGAAUUAUAUGAAGAGACAAGGAAUAAAUACAACUCAAGUCUGGGAAAACAUCAAAGAUCUGGUCAUCAAAACCAUUAUUUGUGCUGAGUCCCCCAUCAAUAGCAUGAUUAAAUCUAACUGCCGCAGCAGGUACUGUGUCCAUGAGUUGUUUGGCUUUGAUGUCCUGUUGGAUGAGAAUCUCAAGCCGUGGAUUUUAGAGGUCAACAUAUCACCAAGUUUACAUUCCAACUCUCAGCUGGAUAUAAACAUCAAGGGACAGAUGAUUCGUGACCUGAUGAAUAUCGCUGGAUUCCGAAUUCCCGACAAAGCCGACGUUCUCCAUAGCAACUCAGUCGCACCUAGUGCUACAGAAUUCAGUUCAUAUAUGCCCCCCAAUGAUAUGUGUAUGGACAAGAGGUUGUUUACCAGUAUUCUGGCCCCAGACGAACGUGCCAAACACGCCUACUACUGCCAAAGACACCAAGAUGAGCAAACGUUGCAGACAAUCUUGGACAUCCUGACCCCGGACGAUGUCCGGAUUCUGACCGAGUGUAUUGACGAGGACAGUAGGAAGGGUUGUUUCCAGCGUGUGUUCCCCACCCCCUCCUCCCACAAGUAUCUCCGCUACAUGGAGGCUCCGCGCUACUACAACCUACUGGUCAGUCAGUGGGUCCAGAGAUUCAACAGGAUGGAACAGAAAGGAAUAGCAGUUUUGGAAGGAUUUUGUGAGGAAGGAAUUCAUUUGCAGAAUCCAACGGAAGACCCAAGUCACCAGUGGUGCCCUCCUAACGGUCUACUGAGUCAUCGAGGGGACACGAGGACACAUAGUGCCCCCAAUAAACACCACCUGGAGAAGGAGAGCAGUCUGAAGCACAGUCAAUCGACGUCUGGCCUGCCUAAAAUGGCCAAAAAGCCUCCCAAGGCACCAAGUCACGGUCAUUCCGGCGCCACCACACGCACGGUCUCACAGUGUAGCUCCGCCUCCUCGUCAAUUACCUCCCUUACCUCACCCACGCCAACACAAACUGUCAACAAAACCGCCGCCUCCUCCAGAUGACUGGCGGUCCGCUUACCUCCCCUGAAAGAACUCUUCAAUGGAAGUAUGCCCAUGUUUAACUCCACCCGAUACCAGAGGCACGUGCUGAAACCGUUAGUUCGACACAGUGCCGAUUCCAGUUUGGAUGCCGUUCGGAGAGCUCAGUUGAAUCGGAAGAAAAAACGAAUUCAACUGAGAACAUCUGAAAAAUUUUUCUAGUCUGGACCAAAAAAUAUGUUUUCAGCAAUGGAGUUGUACAUUUUACCAUGUUUUUCAGAGUCAUUGUUCAUAUGUUCAUUUUACCUCAGCAUUUAAGUUAACAUUUCAUUGUAAAGCCUAAGCAUGUGCCUUAGUCCUUAUGAUUUUUGAAUUUUAUAGAUUUUAAGGGUUGUUGCCAGGGUGUCAUUGGAUUUGCUCAUGACAGCUGUGCUUACAAAGUGCUAUCGAUAUACUCUGUGAUACAGUAAUAAACAUUGCCUAGGAACUUCACGUUAGUUAGCUUUUGUUCUUGGUAAAUGUUUUUUAUUUAAAGGUUGUUUGCUAGGAUCUGUUUUGAAGGUUCUCAAUCAUCUUGCUCAAUUAAGGAAUUGUUUAUGGUGUCUUAGAAUGCAGGGUUUUACAUUCCAACAAUUUGUUAGGACCAAAGUAGAAGGUCUACGUGAUCUUGCUCAAUUGUGAGAUUGUUCAGGGUGUAUUGAUUUGCAGGGUUUUCAAAUUUUUCUAAAUUUAACUCUUUUACAAGUGCCUCAGAAUUUCCAUUUGUACAGGAUUCAGGACAUUUUUUUUGUAAAUCAGUGUGAUUAUACAGCAUGAAAUAUCAGUGAAGAACAAUUUAUUUACUGUAUUGUGUAUACGGAAAUGUGCCAAAUUCAUGUGACCAUCGUUUAAAGGAAGUGAAUUCGGAAAUCCCAUGCAAGAGUUCACAGAGAUCACCACAGCUGCAUGUAUUGUGUUGAAAUAGUGCAUGAUGUGUGUUGUUUUAACCAGUUUCCCCCCAUAGCUGUAGAUGCAGUACCUGCAUCAUAGUUUUCCCAUAAUUUUACCCCCCAAAUCUAAUGAAAAACUUGUAAACGUACAUUAGCAAACAUUUUAAUAAAUUGGAGAUCACGAAAAAAUUAUAAAUAAUUUAAGAGUCAUCCAAAGAACUGAAAAUGAAAGAUGUUGUAUUCUUUGACUUUUAAUUGCGUGCCUUUUCAGUUGUGAGGAAACCUCAGAGAGCGUGACUUUACUGGACUCGGAGUCGACUUCAUCGCUUUCAUUAGACGCCGAUCCAUCAGACGACGACGAGGACGACGUCGAUGACAACGCUUCUAAAUUGUGCAAGAUCACGUCACAC